AUGGCGCCCACGCUCGAGGCAGAAGCGUCAACGCAAGUAGACCUUGACGCCCCUCUCCACGCCGCGCCGAAACUGGUUGCGCCAGAGCCAGAACACUGCCCCGGCCCCGAGUCCAAACAAGCAGGCCUCAACCCCGCCUGCGCCGGCUGCCCGAACCAAACAAUCUGCGCCACCGCGCCCAAAGGCCCCGACCCCGACAUCCCGCUCAUAACCUCCCGGCUCUCAGGCGUGCGCCACAAGAUCCUCGUCCUCUCCGGCAAAGGCGGCGUGGGCAAGUCGACCUUCAGCUCCGCGCUGGCCUGGGGCUUCGCAUCGAACCCGGACCACGUUGUUGGACUGAUGGACACCGACAUAUGCGGGCCGAGCAUCCCGAAGAUGAUGGGCGUGGAGGACGAGACGAUUCACGUUAGCGGUGAGGGCUGGAGUCCGGUCUGGGUGGCUGAGAACCUGGGGGUCAUGAGCGUGCAGUUCAUGCUGCCGAAUAGAGAUGAUGCGGUCAUUUGGCGAGGACCGAAGAAGAACGGAUUGAUUAAGAAGUUCCUGAAAGAUGUCGAAUGGGGCGACUUGGACUUCUUGGUUGUGGAUACGCCACCGGGGACAAGCGAUGAGCAUUUGUCUGUCACGUCGUUCCUAAAAGAGGCCGGUGUUAGCGGCGCGGUACUAGUGUCGACGCCGCAGGAGGUGUCGUUGCUCGACGUGCGGAAAGAGCUGGAUUUCUGCCGCAAGGCUGGGCUCAGGGUGCUCGGCAUCGUGGAGAAUAUGAGCGGGUUCGUGUGCCCGAACUGCAAGCAUCAGAGCCAGAUCUUCAGGGCGACAACAGGCGGCGCGAGGAAGUUAGCAAAGGAGGAAGGAAUUCCAUUCCUGGGCGCCGUGCCGCUGGACCCGCGGAUCGGGAAGAGCUGCGACUAUGGGGAGAGCUUCUUGGAGCAGUUUGGGGACACGCCGACAGGGCAGGCUCUGAUGGGUGUCGUGCAGGCCGUGGGGAGGGAGUUAGGGUUGGACGUUGAGGAGGUGUUGCCAGGUAAUUGA